UUGUUUUCUCACUUGCUAUCUUUAUUUUUUGAGCCGAGCCUCAGACGAGAAGGACAGAUAGGAUUUGUUUCUGGAAGGCAAAAUGACUACAAACAACUGCACGAAACUGGAUGAGGAAUUACUCACCAAUAACAAUGGCCUCCCUAUUUUUUACAUCUUUACAUUUGUUGUUGGAUUUAUCCUGAAUGCUUGUGGAAUGUUGUGCUUGGCGAAUAACUGGAAGAAACUUCGGAUUAUUAACGUCUUUUUUCUGAACCUMGGAUUAACUAACCUGUUGUUUUUGCUCACUCGGCCCUUUAUGAUUGUGUACUAYUUUAAAACGGCCACAUGGACCUUUGGAGAACCUUUCUGCAAGGUAACAAGAUUCUGCUUUAGACUGAAUUUAUACGGCAGCAUCGGAUUCAUCACAUGUAUCAGUGUGUAUCGGUACCUGGCCAUCGUUCAUCCAAUCAAAGUGAUGGGGAAAUUAACUGUGAUUCAAGUGGUCAUCUCUGUCGUGGUGUGGAUUCUGGCGAGUGUUGGAAGYCUUCCGGACGUAAUCUACCCCAAACAAUCAGGGAACAAUGAAACAUGUCUUCCUGCCACUGAUGAAAAACACAUUGAGGGAUAUUUUAACUACAACCUCAUCUGGACAUUCUUUGGAUUCUGCAUCCCUUUCAUCAUCAUUGCGGGCUGCUAUGGACAUGUGGCUCUUGUCAUCAGCCGCUCAAAACUGAUGAAUAAGAACCAGAAACGAAAAAUUCUAAGACCGUUGGUUAUUUUGAUUCUUCUCUUCUCACUUUGUUACACUCCCUACCUUGUUUUGAAGAACCUCAGCGUGUAUGCCAAAUAUGUGGGUUUUAAGAAGCCACCUUGCCCCGCAUGGUAUGAUGAAGUCUUUACUGUACGUCAUGUAAGUCGUGGUCUUGUGAGCCUGAACUGUGCUCUUAAUCCUCUGAUUUACAUGUAUUUUAAUGAGGACAUGAGUGCUCAGUUCAGCCAGCUGCAGCAGCGAUGUUGGCAGAUGUUCAGUUGCUGUUCCAAGCUGAAAUCCAGGUCUGAACCAGUACCACACACCGAGGAUGAAGUUGAAAAUGCUUUAUGACAUGUCUKUUUUUCCCUUUUUUUUUURCUGACCAUGUCACGAGUGACAUUUUUGCUCACUACGCUUUGUAUUCAUCUAAUUUGUUACCUCCUUCUGCUAGAUGCUAAAGAAUUAAUAGUUACAUAAGAAAUUAAGCAAAACCAGUUUCACUAUCACUGCURUACUGCAAUAACAAUAUGAGAAGGAUGAAAGUCUUUUUAACACAUUUCAUUGAAUUCAUUGUUAUAUUUUUGUUCCUAUCCACGCAUGGUCAAAAUUAUAGA